AUGCUGGCCAGGAGCCAAGCAGCGGCUCGUCUCCGCCCAUUUUUGCGCACCUUUUUUGGUGGGCGGUCAAAGGAGAUUGCCACGAAAGAUACGGUAGGAAUUUGGGGUGGCUUGGGCUUGCGAACUCAAGCAAGAAUAAUUUACGAAAUGGAAUAAGCAAUGAAAUAUCUUUUUUUAAUUCAAAAAAAUUGAGGGAAACAUGCGAAGUUUAGGAAAAUAGAAACACCCGAAAAUUGAAAAAAAGGAUGUUUUUCAAAUUUUAAAGGUUUUCACGGUCUCGAGUUCUUGCCUGUAGAGAAGUAGUUCAGAAAAAACUAUCGUUUUUGGAAUUUUCUUCCAUAUUUUCAGGGCCUCUUCAACGAAGCCAAACUCAAAAGCCCAGCCGACAUUUUAGCACUACCCAAGGAGGUCCGAAAGGCUACUAGUGGUCUUUUAGCGGUUUAACUCACAAUUUUUGACAGUUUUGAGAAAUUGACUCAGGAACUGACGACAGAAGGGUCGAAAGAUAAGCCAGGCCGGACGGCAUUACAAAUCGUCGACGACAUUUCCAAUGAAAUUUGUAAGGCUGCUGAUUUGGUGGGUUUUUAUGGGAGGAUAAUGAAAAUUGUCUUUUGGAGUAGGUGGAGAGUGUUAUAAUUUUCCAAAAAGAGAAAAAAAAAAACUUCAAAGUUCAGACGGAAUGCGUUCGACAACUGCAUGACGACAAGGAGUUCAGAAAUGCCUCGGAAAUCGCGUCACGCGAUUUUUGUGACCUCGUUGAAAGGUUCGUUUUGUGCGUUUUGAAAUUUCGAUUUGAAUUUUCAGUCUUAAUACCGACACCUCCUUAUAUGGAAGAUUGAAGUCGUCGGAAACAACGGAUGCGACUCGCCUUGAUGAAGUUGAUAAACGAACAUUGACUUUGUUCUUGGACGACUUUGAGCAGUCCGGCGUUCAUUUGUCACAGGAAGAAGUGAGCCUUCUAGAUUUUGGUCUGCUUAACUUUAUGAGAGCUGCAUUUUGGUCUGCUAAACUUUUUGAGAUCUGCAUUUUGGUCUGCUAAACUUUUUGAGAGCUGCAUUUUGGUCUGCUUAACUUUUUGAGAGGUGCAUUUUGGUCUGCUUAACUUUUUGAGAGAUACUUUUUGGUCUGCUUAACUUUUUGAGAGCUGCAUUUUGGUCUGCUUAACUUUUGAGAUCUGCAUUUUGGUCUGCUUAACUUUUUGAGAGCUGCAUUUUGGUCUGCUUAACUUUUUGAGAGGUGCAUUUUGGUCUGCUUAACUUUUUGAGAGAUACUUUUUGGUCUGCUUAACUUUUUGAGAGCUGCAUUUUGGUCUGCUUAACUUUUGAGAUCUGCAUUUUGGUCUGCUUAACUUUUUGAGAGCUACUUUUUGGUCUGAUUAGAUUACAUAGAAGAUUUUGAUUGGGUUUGCCUGAUGUUUCUGAGAGCUGCAUCUUGAUUUGAAUGACUUUUUUUAGACAGUAAAUAUUUUUAUUUUUAUUUUUUUCUGGUCCCAAAAAUGUAACACUUAUUUUUUUCAUAGCGGUCCUACAAGUAAUGGUAAAAAAACAAUUUACAGAGAGAGAAGUUUGUGAACAUUUCCGGAGAGAUUUUCGACGCGUGCGCAAGAUUCCAGUCUAAAUGCGAUUCUGAAGUCGUCGUUAAGAAGUGAGGGCUUGAAUUAUUUUGAUUCAAAAUAUGCUAUGACAGCUGUAGAGACUUUUUCUAUGUCCGAAAUAAUUAUAAUUUAUUGGCAAAGGUUCUUUUCCAGGCCCGAUCAGGUCCGAUUCAGCCUCCCAUCACGGAUAUAUUCCCCAGUUUCACAUUCAAGUGAAAGAAAUAAACGAGAAUUCGUCUACAACGCCUACUAUGCGCACAAUGAAGAACAGGUAAAAAACUCUAGGGUCAUUUUUCAGGUCUUCAGAGAAAGUUUUGAGAUUCCUAAAAAAGAAAUAGAGAAGUUUCAUGUAAAUAUUAAAACUCAAACACGUAGAAGAGAAAAAUUGAAUAUUGAACAGGAAAAAAGACCAUAAAUCAUCUCAGGAGAACCAGUUGCGAAGAAUCGUUGGAUCACGUCAUUCCCUGGCCCAGCUAACCGGAUUUGAGUCUUUCGCUCACCGAGCACAGAGAAAUAGCCUCCUGAAGAAUUAUGAAUCGGUCCGGCAGUUCCUCUGGGGCAUCAUUGAUGUGAGUUUCAAUGGCUUAAAACGGAGCUUUUAGGUUCUCAAAGUGUUGAAGUUUGAUAAUGCGAAAAAAUCGUAGGAGUUUCAGAAAAUUAAAAUUUUGUUCCCCUGGCGUUUCUCGACCUGCACACUCUUUCAACUUCGAAAAUCGAAAUUCGAGAAUUUUUUCCCCUGCUCAUUGAAAAACUUUUUGUGCCACUUUGUUCACCUUUUCUUUAAAUUUAUUAUUUCACACUAUUUUAAUAGUAGAAGCUGAGGAUGCACUAUUUAUAUACAAACGCACUAUUUUGAUAGUUGAAGCUGAGGAUGAAGCUUCUAUAGUUUUAUUGGGUUAGAGGUCUAGACAACAUUUUUGGGAUUCCAAGAGGAUAGUAGGACGAAAAAUUUGAUCCUGCGACCACAUAACCUAUGAGCCACGAAAAUUUUAAGCCUUCAAAAUUUUUUCGUAAAUUUUAAAAUUGCUCAGAUGAUGACUUUUUGAAUUUCUUUCUUUUCCUUUUUUUUUUAAAUUUUUUUCCUUUUAUUCUUGAUAUUGAUUAAUUCCAGAGCUAGAGCCACUGUUUUCAGUAGGUUUCUAGAAAUUUCAAAAGAAGUCUGUCAUUUUUUGUUAUAAACAUGGAAAACGUAUUUAGUUGACAGAUUUUGAACUUUAAUGAUUUAUAGCACAACUUAAUUGGGAAAACAGAAGAAAAAGAGUUAAAAAUCGAAAUUAGGUUUCAAAACGUUAUCAAAUCCUGGGAUCGCCGGGAUAACUCAACGCAGAAAUGAGAGUCAGUACUAGAGCAGAAGUUUAAAGAAGACCAGAACGAAGAAAAACAGAAAAUACAGAAAUUGAAAGCCUUAUAUGCAAGUAAUUUCUAAUUUAAGGGGACAAAAUUUUAAAGGCUUAAAAUUUUCGUGGCUCAUAGGUUAUGUGGUCGCAAUUUUCACGCGACGUAUUUUUGCGGAUCAAAUUUUUCGUCCUACCAUCUCCAAGAGUUAUCGAAAAAUAAACUUUACCACACGAGCUUUCUUCUCAAGUUCUUUCAAAGUUAUGAUUUUUAGAACUGCCGAAAAGCCUCAGAAAAGGAACUGGCAGUACUAACGGACAUCCAGACCCAAUGCCAGACCCAAAACAGCGACGAAGACGCCUCAACUUCCUCAGUUUCCGUCGCCGAAUGGGAUUUGCCCUUCCUCAUGCAUUUGUACAGGGUUAGGGAUUUUUAUACAAAAGAAAUUAUUAGCUUUCUGGUUUAUAGGAAGACUCCAUACCAAAAUAAUAUCGAAAAUUAACAAGGAUUCAUGGAAAUGACAUAUUCAGACCAAAAAAAAACGUUUUGAAGAAAAAAAACAAUCUUAAAUCUGUCCUCAGAGCCUACUUCAAAACCAUGAAAAGCUGAUUAUCAAUAAAAAAAAAUAAAAAGAAUUUUCAGGAGAGCGCAUUCAACAUUGCCAAGCAGACCCGUGAAAUCGCCCCAUUUUUCACGAUUUCCACGGUUUUGAACGGCUUUUCAAAGUUGGCUGAACGGUUAUAUGGAAUCCGUUUGGUGCAAAGGGAGAUUAGAAGUGGAGAACUUUGGAAGGCCGAUUCCUUGAUCAAGUUGGUGGGUUUUUUAGGGAUUUUUGAAACAUUGAGGAGCGGGGGGGGCUUGGCUUUUUUUGAAAAAAAGUUCGUGGUUUAAAGACCUUCAAUAAAUUGAAUAAGAUUAAUUUUUUUCCCUAAAAAAAGAGGCCAUGAUGUUGUUUCAAUAACCUCGCUCGCUUUUUAAAAAAAAAAUUGACAGUAAAUUAGAAAACUUUUUGGAGGGCCUAAAAUUUGAAUUUUGAAUGAUGGUACUCAUCCUGUUGUCGCAAGAGGAAUGACUCAAUAUGUAAAACUAGAGAAGUGAUCGUUCAAAAGUGCGCCAGACUAACAUCGACUUGCGCUAUGGAGCAUCGGAAAGCAAUGUAGGAUGCCGGAAGCUUCUGAAAGCCAAGCUGAGCAACCCUUCGAGCCAUUCCAAAUGCGACCACGACUCAGCAAAUGAAGGAAGCUUUGCUUUAUAUGCUAUUUCUAUUCUGACACGGGAAGUGCGAAAGGUCGAGGUAUUGGAAUUUAAUGAAACUUGGGGUAUAGGUACUACCGAAAACCCUGAAUCCAAAACAGUUGAAAAAAAGUGCGCCUUUUUGGUUCUAGUCGAGUUAGGGCGCCUCAAAGUUUGCACGCAAAAAAUGCAUUGGAAGGGAGGAGGGAAUGUGUUGCGGCGGCUAACUCUAGUUGCCAGCAGGCGGCGUGGUGUAGUGGCUAGCGGCCUUGAGCUGUGAAACCUAUGAUGCAGGUUCGGUCCCUUUUUGGUGAAAUUUAUUUUUGCCAUGAAGUUUUUCGAAAAAAUUGAUGAUUUUUUGAAGAUGGAACGAAAAAUACCGUUCAAAGUGUUAAAAAUUCACUAUUUUUAUGUCGUUUUGAGAAAGAAUUUCAACAAAAAAAUUUUUUUAGUCUUUUUUUGUCAUGCUCUGUGCAGGAAAUUUGGGCGUCGUGAUUAUUCUUGCAAGAGUUCAUAGUUUUAUGUCAUAAAUAACAACUUAUUGUAGUUCUAUGCUUCUUUUCUCAUUCAUCAAAAAGUUGUUUCUUCAAAGGUGGCGGUUUGUUAAUCCACUUCCUGGUAUUUUUCCUCCCCUGCAGCAUCGCCAUAUCAUCUCGAUUGCGAAAAUGAAGUGAAGCUGGAAUUUGAUUCACAGCUUUCAACACAUAACGUCAUAAAGGAAGGAAAGAAGAAUAAAUCUCAUAAAACUUUGAUUUUAUUGGUUCAUCAGAAAUUUUUUUGAAGGAAUGGGUCGACCAUAAGCCUUAUGGUUAGGCAAGGAAAAUGGAGCAAAAAAAUUUUUUUGUCGAAACUCUUUCUCAGAUGGGCAUAAAAUGGUGAAUUUCAAAAUUUUGAGCUGUUCUUUCACUCCUUCAUCAAAACUUCCUCAUUUUUCAAAUAAAAAAAAAUUGGCAAAAAAAAAAUUUCACCAAAAAGGGACCGAACCUGCAUCAUAGGUUUCACAGCGCAAGGCCUCUAGCCACUACACCACGCCGCCUGCUGGCAACUAGAGUUAGCCGCCGCAACAGAUUCCCUCUUCCCUUCCAAUGCAUUUUUUGCGUGCAAAUUUUGAGGCGCCAUAACUCGACUAAAACCAAAAAGGCGCACUUUUUUUCAACUGCUUUGGAUUCAGGGUGUUCGGAAGUACCUAUAUACCAAGUUUCAUUAAAUUCCAAUACCUCGACCUUUCGCACUUCCCGUGUGAAGCCUAUUGUCGAAUGUGGAAUGGCUCAGUAUGUAGGACUUCUGAAACGAUCAUUCAAAAGUGCGCCGGACUCACAUCCGUUUGCGCUAGUGUGCAUCUAAAAGCAUUGAAGAAUGACGGAAGCUUUUGAAUUUAACACGUGAAUACACAACGCAACCCUUUGAGCCAUUCCAAAUGCGACCACGACGCAGCGAAUGAAGGAAGCUUUGCGUUAUAUGCUCUUUUCUAUUCUGAAGCUUAUUGUCGCAAGAGGAAUGACUCAAGAUGGAAAAAUUGUGAAGGGAUCGUUAAAAAGUGCGCCAGACUCACGCCACUUUGCGCUAGGGAGCAUCUAAAAGCAUUGAAGAAUGACGGAAGCUUCUGAAAGCCAAGUCGACACUUGAAUCCACAACGCAACCCUUUGAGCCAUUCCAAAUGCGACCACGACUCAGCAAAUGAAGGAAGCUUUGCUUUAUAUGCUAUUUCUAUUCUGAAGCCUAUUGUCGAAUGUGGAAUGGCUCAGUAUGUAGGACUUCUGAAACGAUCAUUCAAAAGUGCGCCGGACUCACAUCGGUUUGCGCUAGGGCGCAUCUAAAAGCUUUGAAUGAUGUCGUAAGCUUUUGAAAGCCAAGCUGAGCAACCCUUCGAGCCAUUCCAAAUGCGACCACGAUAUCCAUAUUUGGAAACCCAAGAACAGACUUCUUCCAGGAAGCAAUAGACGAGCAGAACAACGACCUCGGCACGAUCUACCUCGACGUCUCGAUCCGACCCGAGAAAGCUCACAGCGACUGUCACUACACUGUCAGAUGCUCCAAAUUAGUUGGUGCAGCUCUUGAGAACCUCUGAAAAGGGCGAUUCUCAGUUGUCGGAUGGACGAUGGCAGUCGCCGAUCGUCGUCUUGGCCCUGUCUCUGCAAGAACCCCUGGCCCGGAUCCCCUGGCAAAGAGUCCCCGUGAGGCUUCAUUCGGCCGAGACGAUGUUCCACGAGUUGGGCCACGCCAUGCACAGUAUCCUCGGCCGGACCCGGUAUCAACAUGUUGCUGGUGAAUUUUUAGGGAUUGAGAAUGAAUAUGGAGCUAGAUGAAGCUCAAAAAAUGAUUUAAAGAGCUUAUCAGAGACUUUCUCUCUAGAGCGAACUUGAUAACCUGAAUUUUUCGGCUCUUUUUCCAAUUUUUUGUUUUCUAGCUUGAACUUCGAGAAAAGCUCCAUUUUCCAGGAACCAGAUGCCCUCAAGACUUCUCCGAGAUCCCGUCCAACCUCAUGGAGUACUUCUUCAGCGACCUGCAUGUAUAUUUAAGCUUCAGAAGUUGCUCCAACCAGGAUUUUCCUAGGUCCUGAGAGAUAUCAUGAGAAGUUCGGAUUCCUCGGCGUCUUUGUCCGUCGACUCGACGGCCACGGUUUUGGCGUCCCGAUGUUCCUUCACGGCCAUUGAGACCGUUCAGCAGGCUGCAUACGGUCUAUAUGAUUUGGAGCUUCAUGGUUAGGGUUCACUUUCAAAAAAAUUGUCGUCUUUUUUCGAAAACCAUAUCUUCUAGCUCUACUUUAUGAUCAUUUUAGGGAACUAGAUUCAGAAAUUGUAUCGACCUUUCUCAUUCUCACCAAAAACUCCUACUCUUUUCCAUUCUAUGAAUUGAUUUUUCAAAAAAGACUUUUUGGAUCAUCGUGGUCGUAAAAAAAAAAUCUCUCGGGCAAAGUUGGAUGGGUGGAUAACGGCCGUUAAAAGAGAGAGAGGCUCAAAAAAGGCAGCAAAAAGGGUCCCUUUAUAGAGCCUUUUAUUUUUUCUGGAAACUAGACAUGGCGGAAAAAGGGAGAGGCAGCAAGAAUGGUCCAUGAAAGCCGAUAAAAUGGCGCAAAAAGGCUGCAAAAAAGGACCUUCUAUGGAGCCGUUUUCCACCCUUUCCGACUUCGCCUAUGCUUCCAUUGAUUUUCCGGAUCGUUUUCCUUCCUUUUCAAGACCUUCUCUUCUCCAUUUAGGACCUGAAAUGGCGCCUCUAAUCGCUUCCGGAAGACUGACCACAACUGAACUUUUCCACUCGAUUAUGAAAAAAUCGUUGCCGUAUUUAGAGAGGAACCCAACGGCGGCUUUCCAUCAUCGGUAAGAAUUCAGUUUGUUUCCGGAAAAGGGGGUCUUAACUUCAUACACAACAAGGUUUGCGGUUAUUUUUUCCUUGGUCGCACUUGGAAUGGCUCGAAGCGUCGCGGUUGCGUUGCGUAUUCAAAAAAAAACGUGCUCCAUCCUCGGUAAAAUUCAGUCUGUUUCCGGAAAAAGGGGCCUUAAUUCAUACACAACAAGUUUCGCGGUCCUUUUUUCCUUGGUCGCACUUGGAAUGGCUCAAAGCGUCGCGGUUGCGUUGCGUAUCCAACAGAAAAGUGUUUCAAUUCGAAGGAAAAGAAAAAUUCGAAGAAAAAAUGUCUUUUUAAUCUAGUUCAACCUUUAUGCAGUGUUCACAGUAAUUCCCGCGAAACGCAUAAUUAUCUCUGACUCUCCAAAAUUUAGUUGUCUUUUUCUUUCUCUGACGACAAUUCCAGUUUUUUCCGCUUUAUUUGAAAUAAAUUAUCGAGUUUUGUUUCCAGAUUUCAUCACACUGUUCAAUAUGGCGCCAAAUAUUACUCAUAUUUGGUGGCGAAAGCGGCCGCGUCGCUGAUUUGGCAGCAAAGAUUCCGCGACGAUCCGUUCUCGAGGCGAUGGGGCGAAUGUUGGGCCGAGGUAUUGAGUUUUCAUAGUUUAUCCAAUUUUGACUUGAACCGGAAUAUUCUGAUUUUUUUAGCUACUUAAAAGCGCCGAAAACUGAUCUAAAUUUGAAGAUCUUCACUCAAAAUCUACUCAAGCUUCAUCACAUGAUAAAAAAGGCGGCGCGAAAUUUUUUUACAUGGAGAAAUCGAAAUUUUACCUCAAUUUGAAGCUAGAGAAGCUCCCAUUACGUUAGGAAAAGCUGAAGAAGCUUCUACAUAGGCAAGAGGUUGGAAAAAGGCUUUAUAACAAUGUUCCCUUUUUGCUGCCUUUUUGCACCAUUUCAUCGGCUGUUAUACACCUUUUUUACCGCCUCUCCCUUCUUCCACCCUUUUUUGAGCCUUUAAAAUCCCAGAAAAAAAAUGGAAGGGACUUGCUGCCUUUCUGCGGCCUUUUUUGAAUCUAGCGGCCAAUUCUUAGGAUCUCCAGAGUGGUCCCUAUAGAGGCAACCUUAGGAGCCUUUGGAGUGUCUCCUCUAGGUACAACUAUACCAGCCCCUAUAGGGGCCACUAAAGCUUGCAAAAGUGGUCUUUAUAGGGUUUUUUAGUGGCCCCUAUAGGGGACAUGCUAGUCGAUUUUAUGAACUCUUUGCAAAGAAGCCAGACCCUGAACCCUUAUAGGGGCCACCUUGAUUUUAACCCUUCAGGGGUCACUUGUUCGCUCCCUAUAGGGGUCACUCUGGAACUCCUAAGCUGUCCACCAUCCCGAUUAUAUAGCUCAAUAUGUAAAUCACUUUGUAAACGUUUAAAAAGUCCAAGAAGCUCUUAUAUACUUUUGAAAAAAAUCCAUUUUUUCAGGUCCAAUCCCACGGCGGCGGCCAUCCGCCAGGCGUACUCCUGGAGAAAAUCCUCGGUUUCGAACCGACGGCCGAUGAUCUGACCGCGGCUCUCUCCGUCGAAUCCAAGCAUUUAUCCAAUUUGGACGCCGUCACUGUCUAG